CACACGUUCCAUUAGAGCAGAUCGUGCGCUUCUCCUCACAAGAUAAUCACAGACUCGAUCGAGAGCUUGUCUUGGUUCUGCAAUGGGGGUGAGGUGCCUGCUGCUCCUGGCUGUGCUCCUCUUGGCUGGGGAUCAUGGCGGGGAGGCGCAGCCGCUCGUGCCCGGGGUCUUCACGUUCGGCGACUCGUCGGUGGAUAUAGGUAACAACGACUACCUCCACACCCUCAUCAAGGCGGACUUCCCUCCCUACGGCAGGGACUUCCCCAACCGCGUGGCCACCGGGAGGUUUUGCAACGGCAAGCUGGCCACCGACAUCACUGCUGAUACACUGGGGUUCACGAGCUACCCGCCCGCGUAUCUCAGCCCGCAGGCGUCAGGGAAGAACCUUCUGAUCGGCGCCAACUUCGCAUCUGCUGGAUCAGGCUACUACGAUCACACCGCGCUUAUGUAUCAUGCCAUCCCUUUCUCCCAACAACUGGAGUACUUCAGGGAGUACCAAUCCAAGCUGACGGCGUUCGCUGGGAGCAGCCAGGCCAAGUCCAUCAUCAGUGGCUCAUUGUACAUCGUCAGCUUCGGUGCAAGUGACUUUGUGCAGAACUACUACAUCAACCCUCUGCUCUUCAAGACCCAGACCGUCGACCAGUUCUCGGACCGGCUCGUCAGCAUCUUCGUCAACAGCGCGACGCAACUUUACGGCAUGGGAGCGCGGCGCAUCGCGGUGACCACGCUGCCGCCCCUGGGCUGCCUCCCCGCGGCGAUCACGCUGUUCGGGCACGGGAGCACCGGUUGCGUGUCGAGGCUCAACAGCGACUCCCAGCGGUUCAACGGGAAGAUGAGCGCGGCCGUCAGCUCGCUGUCGAAGCGGUACCACGACCUCAAGAUCGCCGUCUUUGACAUCUACACGCCGCUCUUCAGCCUCGUCACCUCUCCUGGAGAUCAAGGGUUCACGGAGGCGAAGCGGGGAUGCUGCGGGACGGGAAAGGUGGAGUUCACGGUGUUCCUCUGCAACCCCAAGUCGGUGGGGACGUGCUCGAACGCGUCAACCUACGUGUUCUGGGACGCCGUCCACCCGUCGGAGGCGGCCAACCAAGUGAUCGCCGACGCCCUCCUCGUCACUGGCAUCGACCUCGUCACAUAAUGAACCACGCACUGGUCGGCUAACGUCGUCGGUCGGAGGACGACGAUGGCACACGCUUUUCAGGCGUCCUGAAGGGAAAAUAAUGUGUGCCCAGAGCUCCCGUGCCAAGCGUGUCGUUGUGGCGGGAGGGGUUACUUUCUCGGGCUGUGCCACUCACCAUAUCGCCAGCGUUUGUAGCUAGGGACUGGGACACAUGGAAACAUGGUUUAUACGUACGAAAAGCUCGAAGUUAUGGGUGCAAGCACCGGAUCUUUUCUUCUUUUUUCUUUCAUUCAUGUCCUUCAAAUUUGAUGAUAACUGUGUUUUUUUCGCAAAUGAUUGCAUGGCUCCUUUUGAACAGAAA